AUGUCAUAUGAAUCAGACAUGUUCAGCAAUGAUCCUAUUCAAAAUCUAGACUCAUAUUGCUUUCUGCCGAAUGAGAAUCUCGAAAACUACUCAUCCUCCGAUAACGGUAGCCAUGUAACGUACCCUUCAUUUCAAGCUUUAGAACAAUAUUCCGCCCUUGAAUCUUCUAACAACAGUCCAGUCUCAAAGCUACAGUCAAAAUCUUACACGUUCACGUCGCAGAAUUCACUUGAAAUCAUCAACAAUUCGUUAGAGAACGAAUUGUGUUUGACACAUAACCAAGAUGACUUGUGGCACAAGAUAAGAGAGCUUGAAAAUGCUAUGCUUGGACAUGAUGCAGCCGAUAUAGAUAUGAUUCAAGAAGAAUCUGAUCCACUUUUGUUAGAGGCAGAAAAGUGGAACAAAAUGAUGCAGAUGAUAUCGAGAGGCGAUUUGAAAGAAGUGCUUUUUACUUGUGCAAAAGCGGUAUCGGAAAACGAUAUAGAAACCACCGAAUGGUUAAUGUCAGAGUUGUCGAAAAUGGUUUCGGUUUCGGGAAGUCCAAUCCAAAGGUUAGGAGCCUACAUGUUGGAAGCUCUUGUUGCAAGAAUCGCUUCUUCAGGAAGCAUAAUUUACAAAUCCUUGAAAUGUAAAGAACCUACCAUUGCUACUAGUAAUGAACUCCUUUCACACAUGCAUGUGCUUUACGAAAUCUGUCCUUACCUCAAAUUCGGAUACAUGUCGGCAAACGGAGUCAUUGCCGAAGCGUUGAAGGAUGAAAGUGAAGUUCAUAUAAUUGAUUUUCAGAUUAAUCAGGGAGUUCAGUGGAUAAGUCUAAUCCAAGCUCUUGCUGGAAAACCAGGAGGACCGCCGAAGAUCAGAAUAACCGGCUUCGAUGAUUCCACUUCAGCUUAUGCAAGAGGAGGAGGACUUGAUAUUGUUGGACAAAGGUUGUCGAAACUCGCACAAUCAUAUAAUGUAGCAUUUGAGUUCCAUGCUAUAAAGGCUAAUCCUUCUGAGGUGAAACUUGAAGACUUUGAACUUCGUCGCGGUGAAGCUAUUGCAGUGAAUUUCGCCAUGACGCUACACCAUGUCCCAGACGAUAAUGUUCACGGAGGUCAGAAUCAUCGCGGCCGGUUGGUGAGAUUGGUGAAAUGCUUGUCUCCUAAGGUAGUGACUCUUGUUGAACAAGAAUCAAACACCAACGAGCUUCCGUUCGUCGCACGUUUCAUGGAGACAAUGAACUACUACUUGGCAGUUUUUGAAUCAAUCGACGUUGCUUUGCCAAGGGAGCACAGAGAACGGAUCAGCGUCGAACAGCAUUGUUUGGCUCGUGAAAUCGUGAAUUUAAUCGCGUGCGAAGGCGUGGAAAGGGUCGAACGUCACGAUCCUCUUGAGAAGUGGAAAUCAUGUUUCACAAUGGCUGGAUUCACACCAUAUCCAUUGAGUCCUUAUAUCAAUGGUUCAAUAAAGAAUCUUCUAGAAAGUUAUCAAGGACAUUACACUCUAAAAGAGAAUGAUGGUGCUCUUUAUCUUGGUUGGAUGAAUCAUGCUCUUAUUACCUCUAGUGCUUGGAGGUGA